AUGUACUUUGAGUCCCUUUCAGCCACAAGUCUCCAAGUCGUGCUGCUGAACCUUCUGGUGUGUGUCAUCUUAUUCUACACUGUUUACUGCCUGUCACUGAGCAUGUGCUGCCUGACUUUCAAGGUGUGGGAACUGGAUGUCCUGGCACCAUUUGACUUCAAAACACACCCUUCAUGGCUCAACACAAAUUAUAAAGCUCUUUCAGUCUCAACAGAAGUCACCUACUUUGUUUGUGGAUUGCUUUUUGCUCUGAUUGUAGAAGAAUGGGUUUGGGAUUAUGCGAUUUCCAUGACGAUUCUUCAUGUAAUCAUCACAUCAGCUGUUAUGUUGGAGUUCCCUUUGACUUCACAUUGGUGGGCUGCUUUAGGUACAGGAAUGGCUCAAGUUUAG